GCUCCUUCCUGCUUUCAAGUGCUGCGCUCGAUUAUGCAGGCAAUUACCGCAUCCCGACAACUAUUCCUGGCCGACUCAGCCAGUCUGAAACAACCUCCAUCGUCUCUUUCGCCUUGCCUACCCCUCUUGGCGUCGUGUCAGGCGGCUGCAUGGGCACCAGACAAUUCGAGUCUCAAUCUGGCGACGGGUGCCACUGUACACCGAUACAACCCGUUCCUGAACUCUCUUGCUGAGAUAUACACGGUAUCCUCUGGAAACAACAUAUCGCAUUUCUUGUCGCGAGGGAAAGAUUCCCUCGUUUUCGCGGUCGCGGAGAGAAUCCAUGUCCUCGAAUCAACCAAGAUCACGCAGACAAUCGAAGUCCACAAAUCUCCCAUCACGACAAUAUCCAUUUCCAGCUCGAAUGAUUUGCUAGCAUCGGCCUCGUCGUCCGGUGUGCACAUUCACAAUCUCUCGCUCAACUCGCAUACCGUCCUCCGGGGUCUUCAGCUACCUGCUGGGCAAUGCGUAACGGCGUGCGCUUUUCAUCCUCACACUCGGACACGACUUCUUGUGGGUGCCGGAAAGCAGCUGUUCGUUUACGAAACGACACGUCCUUCAAGUCCUUUGAAGACUAUUAGUCUCAACGACGCCAGCGUAGAUCCUCUGGUCUCUAUUUCUUGCAGUCCCUUCUCGAAAACCUUGGUGGCCACUGCUAGCUCCAACGGAUGCGUUUCGCUUGUCGAUCUGGAGAAGGAGAAAGGGCUUUUCCGCACAUUGAACUUGAAAGUUGAACUGACUUGCCUCACGUUCUCUCAAGAUGGUUCAUUGAUCUACCUUGGAACGGCAUCGGGCAAACUCUUGCUUUUGGAUCUGCGUGCACUGGACAAACCACCCAAGGUAGUGAUCAUAAGCGAGGAUGGAUCCCCGGUAGAGACGAUAUCUGUCCAGAGAAAACUAAAAACUCCGGAAUCGACAGCGAAACCACUUUCUACUGCGAAAGAGCCUGCGGUCACGACGAAGCCUAAGACUCUCGAGGUCAAAGGACAGCAGGAUCCUUCUCCAGCAAAGCGCCGGACCGAAAAGGAAAAGCUGGCCGGCGUGUCUUCCCGCAAACUGCUGUCUCCACCAGCAAACGCACAUUCCAAGGUCUUGUCCCCGUCAAACGGAGUCAGGGAGCGAGUCCGCAGUCAUAAGAAAGAGGAGAGCGUCUCGACUAGACCACGAAAGAUCUCUGCAACCGAGUCCCUUUCAGCGCGGUCAGAAGCGCGCCGGAUG